ACCACCAAAUUCAGAGAAGCCUCCAUGAAGGCCAGCGGUUUUAAAAUUGCCGCCAAAGCGACCAAAACUCUAUACCUUGUAACCGCCACCGGCGUUGCUGGUCUCACUUUGCAGGCAACGAACCUUACUCUCAUUCCCUUCUCCAAUGACUAUCCAAUCGUCUCUGCAGCUUCAGGUUUCACCGAGAAGGUCACUUCUGGAUAUCAUGGCGUCGUUCGCUCCUCCCGUGCUGUCUACACCAUCGCUUUGAAUAUUGUUGAUUAUAAGUAUUCAUUACAUGGUCUACCUUGGGAAUCUGAAGAGUUUCGCCAGACCUUGUCUGAGGCUCACCUACGCUCAGCAAAGAGGAUGUUGAAAUUAUGUGAAGCUAAUAAAGGGUUCUAUGUGAAAGCUGGUCAAUUUGUUGCAGCUUUGCGGCAAGUUCCUAAGGAAUAUUCAUCAACUCUUUCCUCCUUGCAGGACCAGGCAGUUCCAUGUGAAUUCAAAGCUAUUAAAAGAGUACUGAUCAACAACCUGGGGCAGGAUUUGUCUAAGGUAUUUUUGGCGUUCAACGAACAACCAAUUGCUGCUGCAUCAAUUGCUCAAGUUCACCAUGCAGUGUUGAAAGAUCAUCAGGAAGUGGCAGUUAAGGUACAAUAUCCUGGCCUAGAGAACCAGAUGAAAUUUGAUGUCAGAACCAUGGCUAUCCUGUCAAACUGCGUUGCUUGGAUUUUUCCUGAGUACCGGUUUAAGUGGAUUGUGUCAGAGUUUGAGAAGACAAUAUCUUUGGAACUAGACUUUGUUCAGGAAGGGAAGAACUCUGAGAGAACAGCCAAAAAUUUUAAGAACAACAGGAUGGUCAAGGUUCCUCGUGUAUUUUGGGAUUUGACGACUAGCCAGGUUCUGACUAUGCAGUUUUGCAAUGGGCAUAAGGUUGAUGACUUGGAAGCUAUGAAGGAAUCAGGUAUAAAUCCAACAAAGGUUGCCAAAGCAUUAGUGGAAGUGUUUGCUGAAAUGAUAUUUGUCCAUGGUUUUGUGCAUGGAGACCCACAUCCGGGUAACAUACUAGUUUCUCCAGAUGGUCCUAAUGGUUUCACUCUAGUGCUAUUGGAUCAUGGGAUCUAUAAAGAGUUGGAUGAAGAAUUCAGAUUGGAUUAUUGUCAGCUAUGGAUGUCUCUUAUUCUUCUGGACUCGAAUAAAAUUCAGGAGCUUGGUGAAAGGUUUGGUGUUGGGAAGUACUCGAGGUACUUUCCUGUUAUUUUUACUGGAAGAACCAUUGACAGUAAAUCCGCUCUUGGGAGAGGAAUGUCAAAAGAAGAAAGGAAGAAACUGAAGCAGGAACUAGAGUCUCUUAGUAUGGGAGAUUUUUCUUCAUUAAUGGAAACUUUGUCACCAAACUUUCUUACAAUAUUACGUGCAGAUGGACUAGUGAAAUCUACCAUAACCAAGCUAGGUGCUUCACAAAGGCUACGUUUGCUUGUAUAUGCUAAAUAUGCCGCAUAUGGUCUAUCAACAGAGUUGAAUUCUGAAGCUGGUUAUACAGUUAAGUAUGUGUUCUCCAGAUUCAAGAAAAUGACAAGUUAUAUUCAAUUGAGAUUGAUUCUUGAGGUGCUGGAGCUGCAUUUGUGGAUGGAAAAACUCGGACAUUUGCUCGUGAAUAAGUUGAAAAAUAUCUGGCUGAAUCUUGGACAUUUUUUAGUAGGAGUAUUAAGAAUGGGUGACCUGCGGCAGCAAACAUUAUUGGUACAAGUAAAGACAUAG